UUGCAAGCAACACUUGGUAGUAAUUGUAAAUGUUAUUUGUCUUUGGAUAGUACAGUCUUUUAUUGUAUUUAUAACCAGUUGAAACUGGAAACCGUUUCCAUGUGAAGUUAUAUUUUAAGAGAUCAAUUUUUGGUAUCGCAAUGGAAAACAAUCACGUAAAUGAGAUUAAGGACGUAUCCUGGCUUCCAUUUUUAAGACAAUUUUACAUUUGUUCCGGGGAAACAAUAUUACAUUUUUGCUAUGGCCUGUAUUUUGGAGCGCCGACUGUUUUCAUUCCACAAAUACGAAAGGAGGCUAAUACAACUGAAGUUAUAACCUUACAAAUGGAGUCUUGGUUAACGUCUACUAUGUCCUAUGCAUCUAUACCAUGGACUAUAAUAUUACCAAUAAUGGCUUACCACUUUGGAAGACGGGCACCUGCGUUUCUUUUAUGGACUUUAGUAUUGAUUGGUACCGUUAUAAUAUUCAACAGCACCACUGUUAUAGAAAUCCUCUGCGGCCAGAUAAUAGUUGGAAUUCUUCCAGGCGCUGUUUCAACAAUAUCAGUUAUGAUAUUUACGGAAUAUACAUCACCUAAAUAUAGAGGAGUUUUUCUAACACUGAAAGUUGCAACAUACUUUUGGGGUGUUUUAGUCGCCAAUGCAAUUGGAACAUUCUUUUAUUGGAAAAAUAUUAUAAUUCUUAUGUUGGUAUGUUGCGCGAUGAGUUCCACUAUUUUCUUUUGCCCUGAAUCUCCAAUGUGGCUUGCUAGUAAAGGACGAUUUGAUGAAUGUAUUAAAGUACAUCAUUGGCUGAAUGGACAUGAUGCUGUUUCUGAAAACGAGUUAUUAUGUCUUAUCAAACUAAAUAAAAGUAAAAUAUCAGAUAUUAAUCGAAAUGAAUUGAAAACAAACUUUUUCAUGAAAUUUAUUCAAAUCAUAAAAAGAAACACAAUUUAUAAGCCUAUUCUGUUUUCGAGUCUUACAAGUCUUCUAUUUAUUUGUUCUGGUAAACUAGCAUGUUCUGCAUAUGCAAUUCCAAUAUUUAACAAAAUAACAACUUCUGAAGAGGCUGCAUAUAACGGAAUGUUAAUAUUGGAUGUUUUUUCUGUCCUUGGAAUGUAUGUUGGUUGCGCUCUUUCGAAAUAUUUUAAAAGGAAAGCCGUACUUAUAUGUACAAGUUUAAUGGGAGCUAUGAGUCUAUUUAUAUUAUCAUGUUAUUUGUAUCUAGUUAAAUACUCAAUUGUUACUUUGAAUCAAUAUCUAACUAUUACGUUGCUCACGAUAUUUUCAACCGUAAUUAGCAUCGGUCCAAUUGUAUUAGUGCCAUGUAUACACGGAGAAUUAGCACCAAUUAAAUACAGAAGCAUUUAUUUUAUAUUAAAUUCAAUUAUUUUAUCUAUUUUAAUUGGAACUACUAUAAAAAUCUUACCAUUUUUAUUAAGAUAUGUUUAUAAAUAUUUACCAGAAACAAAAGACAGGUCUUUAUCAGAAAUACAACAAUUGAUAGAAGGAAGUGUAACAGAAAUACAGAAAGAAAAGGCAAAUGUAGAACACACAACAUAUAUCUUUAAUGGAACUACUUGCGAAGUACAACGUUAA